AUGCCGCGUUUGCGAGGGACUAAAUAUUUGACCUGCUUUUACUGCGGCAAACGGUCUAAUACCAAAUAUGACGGCAUCACACGCCAGUUUCUAUGCCUGUCAUGCGAUGCGACAAAUUAUCUCGACGAAAAUGGAGAGAUUACCGAUCCGCCAGUAGCCACCGAGCGUGAAGCUCCUGCAACACAAUACGCCGUUCCCCGACACUCACCUCCCUCCUCUCCCAGAGACAGCAUGUUCUGUGCGACGUGUCUCAAGAACCAGCGCCUCUUUACUUCAUCUCUUGCGCAGUAUUUACCCGACGAUCCAGACCAUCCAGAAUAUGACGAGCUCGAGCGCAAUUACUACCGAUAUCGAAAGGGGCUAGAGGAACGAUAUCCUCAAGUUUGUGACGAAUGUGCCGAGAGAGUUGAUAGCCAGAUUCGAAGAGCAGGGUAUACAGCCAAGACGGAUCACCUCCGGCGGAUGAUGGAGAAGAGUAGAGGAAGAAAGAGUGGCUCUGAAAAGACUGGUGCUUUGAACUGGGUGGACAGUUUGGGCAAAGGAUUGUGGUGGGGAGGAUUGGCUAUGCAAAUGCUUUGGCAUCUCAAGGCAGUUACUUUUGCGCUCGAGCAUCAAGACGUGGGAAUGUAUGAUCCGGAUGACACAACUUGGUCGACGCUGGGUGUAAGUGGACUAUCUUGGGCCAUGACAUUUUUACCGCCUGCGGAUACUCUGAUCAACAGUGCGGUUGUGGCGAGCAUUUUAUCGGCCUGGUGGAAUCCUCAGUUUGUGCAGGUUACUCGCGGCUUUUCGAGACACUUGUUAGGAUUUACGCAGUGGUAUUCCUUCCAGGUGCUGAUUGUCUUCUUUCGCUUUCUAUUUCGUCGAGUUCUCGAGAUGGAUGGUGGCCAGGCAAAGUCGCGGAACGCUCAACUUAGUGCGCACUUGGUUAUGUCAGUUGUUAUGAUCAUGAUAUACUCGUCCGCCAAAAGAUCUAUCAAGGUUGAUACUGCGCCCCUCUUUGGCCCAUCCAACACGACUAUUUCGCCAAAGCAGCCUAAAAUCACUCGAAAGAAAAGAGAAGAGCCAAAGACAUUUUCGGAUCUGUUGAACGAAGCCUUGGACUCUCCUACGCUGGCACCCCAGACCGAUUGCUUUACUCAACCUGUCCCUAAGUCGUUAUCACCACAACCAUUCUUAGCCAGUAAUCCCACAAGAAUCCCAGGGAGCCCUGGUGCCCGGUUCAGCGGUCUGAACAUCACUCAACAGAAGACUCCACAGAAGACCCAGGAAAUUGGUUAUUCAGACGAGAUGGAUUGGACACCAACUGGGUCUCAAUCUCAGCCCCAGUCACAAUACCGAGCUUUCCAAGAUUCGCCUAUCUCGAAUGCACCAAGGAGACCUUUCGGUCAGGCGCCUGUGAGUACAGAACAAAGCCCCUUUUGGUACAAAGUCCCUGCUGCACCCACGAACCCAUCGCAGCGUUUGCGAAACCCACCCAACGCGCCUAUUCUGAGAAGUAAGCCAGUAGAGCAGGAGAGUAUUUUCUUCCGAGGCGCUGCUAAGAAGAGAGAUGGGGACGGAAGUGACGAGCGCGAGGUUGCUUUCAAGCCGCCUAGUUUCUUCGCGCCUCAAGAGAGUAAUGAUGACGCCAACGGUCUGGCAGACCUUUUGAGCCAAAGCUUUACCCUGGGCCAAGAGCAUGAUUCACCAGUUAAGCCUUCAGGAGGCCGCUCAUCAGGAUGGACAUCUAGGAGUCAUGCGUCCUCUAGCUCACCCCAAACAAGGAGUCUUGGCGUGGAAUUUGUAACCUUGGCUGUAUUAUUAGUCCUAUGGGGUCUUACUGCUGCGUUUGACAUGCCCUUUGGCCGGGAAGUUCAGCUAGCUUUGCUCUCUGCAGCGGGCACCAUCGCCUUGCGAGUGACUGGCGAUAAAAGUCGAGAAAGGAAGCAUGAACAAGCCCCUACUGCAGCCAUAUACAUCAGCUCCGCGUUGAGCGUGCUCGAGUUGGUGGCAAUUUGCGGUCUUGGAUGGGAGGUCUGGCAGGAGAACGCAAAUGCUGGCAAGUACGGCAUUGGGGUCUUAACAGCCAUGAUUGGGCAUCAAGUUUGGAGUAGUACUUUUUGA